AUGGAGUUAGGUGUGCUGAGUGGUGCUUUUUAUUUUAGAGUUUAUGGAAGUUACUGUCGGUUUCCUUUCAAAAUGGAUUGGAAACAAAUUUUAUCACUUUCUAACGAAGAUCUGAAUGAUGAGCGGAAGGAAGAAAUCUACGUGGAGCUCGUUAAAGAUCAGAAGUUUGAUGGCAAAAUGGCAAAGAAACUUUUUCCAUUAUGUUUAACAGUGUUGAAACAUAAAGGUCAGCAAGUGGAAAAACAGCGAGAAGAAAUCGAAAUGCUUGUCUCGUCCGAUAUUGACCUCAAAGCUACAUUAGAACAAAUGGAGAAGCAAAAGAAGACAAUUGCAAAGUUUGAAGUUGAACGUAGUCAGUUUAAGACAAGGAUUAAAGAACUGACAGACGAAAUGACUUUGAUGCAGGGACGAGACCUUCGUGGAAGUGAUGAAGAUUCACCAGAUCAACUUUCAGACAUCGAUAGACAGCAAGAGUUAAUGGCAAACAUAAGCAUGAAGAACAAACAUAUUAAGAGACUUUUAAGGGAUAUCGAGGCAUAGUCAACUGCUUCAGUUUCUUAUUUCGAAGAGCAGAUCAUAAAACUAAAUAAUCAAUUGCAAGAACAAGAAUCUGAGAAUCAACAAUUGAUUUAUGAGAAAAAGAAUUACGAGAAAGAAAUGGAAACAUUUUCAGCACAACUUGAGGAACGUGUUCUGAUGUAUAAGAAUAUUUUGGAUGAGAAGCAACGACAAUUAGAUACAGCUAAUGGAAAAUACUUUAAUUUGAUGGAACAAAUGCCAGGAGUUGACAUUGACAGCGAACAGAGUGAAAUUAAACGGUUAAUAGAAACGUUAAGACAACGCGAUAUUUUGAUAAAAACUUUUGAAGAAAAGAUUGGAACGUUGUCAGCGGAAUUAAUUGACGCAACAAGUGUCAUCACGAAAAUUAGAAAGGAGAGGGAAGAAUAUAUGAAAAGGAUGUCAAGAGACAAAACAGAAAGAUGUUGUGAAGAAAUUCAAUCGAUGUUAGAAGCUUCGAAUAUUCGUUGCAAAGAACUGCAAGAAAUGCUUGAAAUGACUGAUAAUGAUAAUAUUCUUAAAGCAAAACAAGCCUUUGAAGCAAUUGAAACGUUGAAAGCUUAUGAGAAAAGUGAAGAUGGCCUCGCAGAUGCAUUGAAAAGAAUUCAUGACUUACAAGACCAAUUACACCAACGAGACAAGCAAAUCCAAGAAUUCGUUGUAGAACUCAAUGCUCAAAAUGAAAUUGUAGCGGAAAAUUCUAUUCUUAGAAAACGUUUGGGAAUAGCAGAAGACGAUUUGAUUGAGACAAGACCAUUCCUAGCAAAACAACGGAAAUUAUCAAAAAUCAACGAACGUUUGAUGUUGAAGCUUCGAGCUUCAGAAGAAAUUCGAUUACAAUUAAAAAUUGAGAAACAUGAAAUGAAAAGAAGAAUUAUCGAACUUGAAACACAAAACAGCAGAACAUCAACAAUACCUGAUAUUGCAGAAGAAGAAAGAAAAGCUCCAAGUGUUACUGAAAAUAUUAAACAAUGUGAAAGUUGUUUUGAAACUUAUAUCAUCUUUGAUUCUGUCAAUUUCUGUAAAAAUUGUAUUAUGAAGCAAAAUUCAAACCUCUGCGAUAAUUGUGUGAAAAAACUUAAAGUUUCAUCAGAAGAAAACAUAGAACUAAUUAAAAAGAUUGCUAAAUUAGAAAUCGAUCAGAAAUCAGUGACAGAAGAGAAUGAAAAUCUUCGAAUUGGGUUGAAUGAAAUUCUUGAAAAGUUGCGAGAUUAUGAAGGAACUUCCGAACAAACAAUCAUAAAUCCUGCUACGUUUGAGAAACUUUUAUACAUCUUAAAUAUAAGAAAUAAACGAGCACCAUUUCCAGAAAAUAGUGAAUCUCAAUCUUAUGUCCAUCUGAGUUCACCACAAACUUCUAGAAGACUCGAAGAUGCAGAAGCUGAGAUUAUCCAAUUGAAAAAUGUUGUCAAAGGUUUAAGUGAUCAGAAUGAAAAUUAUGUUGUAAAUUUAGAGAAAAUGAAGAUUUUGGAAAUAAAUUACGAAGAGCUUGUUCGAAGCAGUGAAUUAUGUGACGGUGACAAACAUCACCUGUUAAUAAAAAGUCUUCAUAGAUGUCACGAAUUUGAAACAAAUAUGAGAAUUUUCGGAAGAAAAAUAGAUUUUCUUAAAAAUGAAAAUGAUUAUUUGCAUAGUGAAUUGAGAAGAUUGAAGAUUUCAUCAAUGACACUAAUCAAUGAUGUCAGGAUAAAAUUUUUGGAGAAAAAUGAGUAUUUGGGUGAGGUUGCAGAUGACAAGGAAAUAGACGAAAUUGUUGAACUUCAGGAAGAGCUUCAAAUUAUCCGGACAAAACUCAAUGGAUUAUGUUUAGAUGUCUUGAAAAAUAUCAAAACAAUUGAUGACGGAAAAACAUUAAACAUUGACGUGGAGAAGCUUUCAGAUGUGACCGUACUUGAAAACAAUUUCACAACAUCUUUCAUAACUCGCCAGGAAUUAGAAUCGAUGAAAUCACAACUCAUGACAUUACAAGAGAAAAUCAGAGAUCAUAAAAUAAAAGAGAAUAACCUUGAAGAGUUGACAAAGAUCAUCCAAUCGCAAUUGAAAUCCCAGCAAUUGAUGUUGAGCCAAUUCACCGAUGAAGAGAUUUCAGCCCGCCAUUUAAUUGUCGAUCUUCAAAGUCAAAGCAAUGAAAAUUAUUUACUUACAAAAGCAACAAGAGAACUGAAAAUAUCGAAAGAACAUGAAGAAGAAAUGAAACUUGAGGUUGAUGAAUUAAAAGCUCAAGUUCAGUUGCUUCAUGAGAAAAUAAAAACGGGAAGUGAAGAAAUGAACGAAAAGUAUAACGAGUUGAUGAAACAAGAGCAUAACAAUCAAAUGAAAAUCAAAUACUUGAAAAAAACUUUAGUGGAUCUGUGCCAUCAGUAUAGUUCAAUGACUCCCGUCUAUUUAAUUGCUGAUUUUAUUAAAGAUUACACAGCACUCCUCGCUGCUAAAAAGAAGAUUGAAGUUGAGAAAACCACAAUGAAAAGUCAUGGAACUUUAGAAAUUUCACAAGAAUCAAUUAUUGCAACUCUUGGUGAAAAUUCACCAUUAUUGAAAUCAGAUAUUGAAGCAAAAAUUGAAAUCAUUAAGCACAAAUCAUCUUGCGAAUAUUUGCGACAACAACUUGAACUUCGUGAAUCAACAAUCAAAGAUCUUCACAAUGAAGUUGCAAGAGUGAAACUUAAUGAGAUUAGAAACAUGCAGCAUUGGAAUGCAAUUCAAAUGUUAUUUGAUUUAAAUGAAAGAUCACAUGAAGAGAAAAAAUGUGAAAUGAUGGAUAAGGCUUUACAAGUUGAUGUUGAAACGAAAGAUUGCUCCACAAGUACUGAUGAGGUGUUGAGAGUAGUAUCAGAGAAAAAUCUAACUGUUCAGCCAAACGUUGCUGUUCAAAUUCCAUCUGAUGACGAAUCUCCACAACCACAACUAGUCGUUGAAUCUUCCACAACUUCCAUUGAUAAUAUCAAUCAGAAAAGUCUUGAGUCGCAGUUGAAAAAAGCUUUAUUGCUUGCAUCAUCACGAAGUGCCCUUCUGAUUGAAACUGAAAAUCGUCUUUCUGAAGCUCAAGGUAGAAUCAAACUUUUAGAGAAGAAUCUUGACAAUCGUAACCGGAAAAUAUCAACUGAACGUUCUGUAAGUAUUGAAAAACAACAUUCAACAGAAUCGAUGACAAUCUCAACACUUCAGAAUCUUCUACUCGAGAAAGAUAUAACAUUGUCACGAUAUCAAGAUUUGUUAAAAACUGAACGACAACACCAUUUGCAAGCUUACGACGAGUUGAACAAUGAAAUGAAAGAACUUAAAAGAAAAAUUGAUGAUCACGAGUCGAUUGUAUACGAAAAGGAGAAAAUAAUUCAGAAACUAAAAGCAGAAAUUUCAGAACACGAAGGAGCAAAACAAGUUAAGUCAUCGACAGAAGCUUCAAUUUCUCAACAAAUUCAGAUAUCAAAUUUUACUGAUGAUGAAUCACAUAAUCUUGAAAUGAAAUUGAAACAAGCUCAAAAUGACAUUAAAAAAAUGGAACAGCAAUUGAAAGACCUCUUAAACACUGAACGUCAAAUGAAGAAUUUAAUUCAUGACAAAGAUGCAACGAUCAAAGAAUUGAAUGUGAAGUUGAAAGCUGCAAUUGAAAGUCUUGAUAGUUUAAGUGGAAAUUUCACACCAGCAACAGAAAUAGAUCAAUGUCGUGAAAUGCUGGAAGAAAAAGACAAACACAUUCAAGACUUGACAGAAACCUUAAACCAAUUCCACGAUGAUCAGCAGAAAUAUAUCAAUGAUACGGCAAUAAAUUCUGCAGAACAAGUUCAUUUGAUUUCUGCUGAUUUAAAUCGAGCUGAUGCGACAAAUCGUGUGCUAAAAACACAACUUGAAGCGGUUAAACGACAAGUUGCAAACAUUCAACAACGUGAAAAACAAGCUCGAGAAAUGGUGAAGACACUUAAAAAUCAAUUAAUUCGUCGUCCUGUGAUUUCGGUUAAGAGUGACAAACGUCCGACGACACAACGUGAAGAAAACUUACAGAAGAAAGUUAGUGAGCUGGAAAAUGAAUUGUUAGAAGUGAAAGAUGAAUUGCGCCGUCAGAUGAACAUUAAUGACAAUAAGAAAGCUAAAAAUGCAGCUGAAUUGGGUUUGUGGGAUAAACAGAAACGUUAUCAAGAAUUGUCGGAGAAAUUGAAAACUAAACUUACGGAAAAGGAAAUUGAUUAUGAGAGAAUGAAGGCAAACUUCCAGAUUGCUAAAAAUAACAUCACAAGGUUGGAACGAGAGAAAAGUAUGCUUGAAAAUAAGAUAAAAAGUGGACGUUACUUACAUAAUGUUGGUGCCGCGCAACAAACCUCAUGUGCACAUUGUCAUACACAAAAGCAUGGCAUGUCUGAGACUUCUACAAUAUCAGCAGAUGACGUGGAAAUGGGAAGUAAUCAUGAACUUAUAGCUGCUCUAAAAUCUCGGAUAGAAACUCAACAACGAAGAAUUAUUUCCUUAGAAUUAGAUGGAAAAGGUUCAAACGCUAUGACAACUGAAGUCGAGAGACUUCAAGAACAAUUGACGACUGUUGAGUCCCAAAACAUUCGACUAGAAGCAAAAAAUAUUCAACUUCAGCUAGAUUUUGAUCUUUUAAAACAAAAUGAUUCAGGGCAAAGACAAGAAGCGAGAAUUAAGCAUCUUGAAGACUACAUUUUGGUUCUAAAAGACGAACUCGCUCAAGCUCAUGGCAAAUAUGACAUUUCAGCUGAAAACCCUUCGAAACAUAGUCACCCCAACACAUCACAAAUUCAGGCAAUGGAACAAACGAUUCUCACUCUCAAGCGUGUCAUUGAGAGAUUAAAAGCUGAGAAUAAACAUUUGAAAGACUUGAAGAGUGCGACCACAUCGACAGCAGCAUACAUGAGUCAAACCGACCGUAAAAAGGAAGAACUUUUUGAGAAAUUGAAAAAUGAAAAUGAAAAGCUUCUGAAAAAAUACAAUGAAAUGCUCGAUAAGAUUUCUAAAUUGGAAAUCGAAUUGCAGCUUUCACAAACAUCACAAGCAAUGAAUGUCUCGUGCCCUCAUUGCAAUCGUAACUUCAAUGAAAUGGUAGCACAAGAUGCUGAUGUGCUGACUCAGCAAUUACAGCAGAAAACUGCACUUCUUGAGAAGGCAAAAACUCUUUUAGCGCGUGCUGCUGCCAAGGAGAAACAUCUAAGGGAACAAAUCUUUUACUUGAAGAAAAGAGUUUGUGACCUGGAAGGUGUUCCCGUCAUUAGUGAAGAGAACAGCGAAUCAGGAUGA